AUUCUUCAUAGGCAUGUUCCAUGAACGUGGUGAGUAUAGACCAUCUCGUUAUUCUCCGGUAGUUUUUCCUCCGCCCACACCACUAGUAGUUGGUGACAUAUGAACGAAUCAUUCAAAAGCUACCUUACAUAAUAAACACAUGACAAACUACGAAGGAGGAGACCGAGGAGACACUCACUAGACAGAUGCCGGUUCGAGGAAAAAAGUAACAAAAGGUAAAGUAAAGAAAUGUAACUUUCGCUGAAAAGUUCAAAAAAAAGUGAUUUGUAAAGCUACAAAAUUUAAUCAAAGUCUCAAGUGUUCGUGGACCCAUAGUGAUGUUGAUUUUGAUGUAGUUAUAAACGUAGUGGUAGUUUCAUCGUUCAUCGAGAAAAGUUGCAUCAUCGAAAGUCAGGUCUAUUCUGCGAGUCAUCUGCAUAUCGGAUCCGAUUAGUUUGUUUGGCGUUCAAUUUCAUUUAAAUGACAGCAUGCAUUCUAUCAAAUUGUCAUCACUUUUACUCGGCGUUUCAAUCGCAAGUGUAGGAAUUAUCGGUCUGAUAUUGUUUUACCGUAAGAAAAAGUCCAAAUCGAUAGAACAAGAACCAAAACACAAAUCCGUGAUCUAUAUACCGAACUCUUGCGUUCCUUUCAUCUUCGGUAAAUAUGGCUGUGUUCUCAAAGUUCUUCAAAAAAAAUGCUCCACGCGUUUCAGUUUCACUCCUCCAGGAUUGCUUGCUGAUGAAACCAAAUGUGUAAUAAAAGGAGAUCAAGAAAACGUUGAACUAGCUGAAUCAAUCAUCAGCAGUAUCGUUCAGAUUUUCAGGCACGAGUCGAGCACAGGUGUCGAUAUUGAAGGAAUCUUGAACAGACACGAAAUCCCUGAUGACUCCGGUGUUUCCCUGGAUCAAAAAGAAAUCCUCACUGAAAUUCUGAAAUUGCUUUCCACGAAUAAUAAAGCAAAUGAAACCACCGAACAUAAUGCCGUAGUUCCCGAUUUACAGUAUGAUCUCGUGCAACAUAUUUCCGAUUAUAAAGACCGAACUCAAAAAUUGGUAUCAAUCGGUGGAGAUAAACGGAUCCCGGUUUAUGUUUCAUCUGUCGCAUAUCCUAGUCAGUUUUGGGUUCAAGCUCUAGGUACUAAAGAACAUAGCGAGCUGGACCAAAUGACGCAAGAUAUAUACGAUUAUUUUGAUUACAAUCCAGAAUGUAAUUUUCCUCCCUCGUAUGAAACGGUUAAAAUUGGAAAUUUAUACGCCGCGCUUAUUGAAGGUAAUAAAAACUGGUAUCGAGUUGAAGUGGUCGCUGUAACGCCCAAAGAUGAAGAAAACCCUCUGAGUACAUGCAUUGAUCUCUACUUUUUGGAUUAUGGUUAUUCUCUGUUCACUCCUUUAAAGGACAUACGAAUUUUACCGAUUAAGUAUUUUGAACUGAAUUUCCAAGCUAUCGAAUGUUGUGCUGCUAAUAUUAAAGCGAACGAUAAAGAUUGGUCUGAAGAAGCGAUUGAGCAAUUUGAACACUUGACGCAUGCUGGUAUGUGGUAUAAGUUACAUGCGGUUAUCGAAAGCGUUCUUGAAGAUCAAGGUACAAUGAAUCCUGUUCCAUGUGUUACUCUCAUCGAUUCCAGUAACAAUGAUUUGAACAUCAAUGAUGAAAUGGUGGCCACUGGAUUUUCUCAGUAUUCUGUUUGAUGUGCAAUGUGUUUGCAUUGUACGGUUCCUUAAGACAAUCCCAACGAUAAAAACUGCAUUUUUUACACGGAGUUUGAAAUAUUUUCGUUUUUGACUCGGUGAUCAUACUUCGUUUGAUACAUCAACUAUUUUUUUUUCGGAUUUUUUUGUUUUAGUAUUUUUUCUACGUGUUAUGUAUUUAUUGUUCUGUUUUUUCUGCAGUUUUUUAUAAGUAGAUACCUAUUAACAAUAAUUUUUGUAACCGUACGGAGUUCUAUUCGAAAAGAAUAAUAUAUUGUUAUGCGAAUUUGUCGUGA